CAUUGCCGAACUAUGCGUGGUGCGAGAUGGUGUGUUCUUUGACCAACUACAACAACAACAGCGGCAAGAAUUGCAACGAUACCGGUGAGCCCUGCACGGACUUGGAGUCGCGGUCCAGCCCGGAAGUCGCGGGCCAGUUAAGUGAGAACAUGUCCUCGCUGAGCGACGCUCACAGGAGGAACAGCCAUUUGGAGGGCGAUCGAAGUUCCUCGGCGGGUUCCUCGUUAGGUUCAUGUUCACCGCCUCCGGCAUCCAGCCACUCGCCGCCGCCGCCCAGGCCUCCCUGGUUGCAUGACUUCCACGCGGCUGCAGCUCCUCAUGUUCUGCAGUUCCUUAACCUGAGUGCUGCCGGUGGCAGCAUGUUGGCGAGCCAACCUUUGGCUGCUCUGCACUCCAUGGCAGAGAGAAGCCACAGUCAGCAGCACCAACAGCAUCAGCAGCAACAGCAACAGCAACAGCAGCAGACACAUCAUCAACAACAGCAGCAGUCAGGUCUGCAGUUGCCCAGGAUCAGCGUACCCUUGUCCACCAUUACCCAAGGACAAUCCUCGCCUACUGGAAGUGGUAAACACAGUCCAGCGACCUCCAUCACGUCCGUCGGAAGCAAUCCACAUGGGAUCGACACAAUACUCUCGCGGCCGGCGGCCACGCAUCCUCAGGCACCCGUCUCGGCGACCCACGCCGCGUUACAACCGACGCCGCAUCCUCAGCACAUGACUGCGCCACGGUACGGCAUGCACGCGGGAUUCACCGCUUCUUCGGGUAUCGGGCAAUUUCAACAAAGAACGGAACCACGGCAUCCUGCUGUCUAUUGGCCAGGUCUUCAGGGAUUAGUCAGCGAUCCUCUGGCAUGGCGAGCAAGACUACACACACUGUCGCAACAGCUGGGUUGUCAGCAGACGAUGACAGGCUCCGGCGGAACUGGGGAACACGAGGGUGGCAAGAAGAAACACACGAGGCCAACAUUCAGUGGCCAGCAAAUCUUCGCCCUCGAGAAAACGUUCGAACAAACUAAAUACCUUGCGGGCCCAGAACGUGCCAAAUUGGCGUACGCCCUCGGAAUGUCCGAGUCCCAAGUCAAGGUCUGGUUCCAGAACAGACGGACAAAAUGGCGGAAAAAGCACGCAGCGGAAAUGGCGACGGCAAAAAGGAGGCAAGAAGAGGUCGAGGGUGUCGUUGCAGAGGGUGAGGAUGGUUGCAGCGACACGGAAACCGAUGGAAAUAGCGAGACUGCUGCGAAGAGACUCAGAAGAGAGCUGGAACAACAAUACAGGCAUUAAAUAAUCUAAAAAACAGCACCGAUUUUAAUGAUGAAUAAAAGACAUUCACUGGGUAACUUCCUGAGAAAGGAUACUCAUGAACAGGACAAGAUUGAUUCUAUCGACCAGAGUAUAGAUAAAUAAAUUUUAAAAUUUGGCCUUUCACUAAUAAUUCAUUCACUUAUAUAAAUCACUCGUUUCCGAUUUCCUAUGUCGAUUUUUUAAUUUUAUACGAAAGGAAAUUAAUUCUCGUGGCCACAUAAAUUUAAUUUUUAGCU